GGCGCAGAAGCAGCAGCUUUGGGGUGGGCUUGCCGGCGGAGGCUACCAAGGCUGUGCCGAAGUCGGUUCCCUUUCCCUUUCUCUCCCUACUCUUCUCUGGGUGGUUCUCUUGGUUUUGCUUUGCUUCAGAGAAUGUAUCAGACUGCAUGGCAAAAUUUUUUGUAAUUUGGGACCCUAUUUUUUGCAAAGAUCGACUUUGCCUCAGACUCAGUACACUCUUCAUCUGUGGUUCCUGUUAUAUUGUGUUUCCACUUCAGUGAGUUAAGCAUAGCACCAUACAAAGCCAAAUAAGGAAAUGAAGUUUUUCUCUUGACAGGGCAACUUACUUAAAAGGGCUAAAGCCAAUCCCUAGGUUGGCCUGGUCACAAAAAUGAAGAGAAUGCUGAACUUUACCAGAUGUCACCAUCUGAGGCAGAUAACCCAGAAGUGUUUUUCUGGUGCACCGGUUAAAGUGCAGACCCCCACACAGCUUCCACGAGCAUUUGCACGUGCACAAUCAGGGAAGUUAUGGCACUCCACCCACUCUCUUGUUGGAGACAAAAAUAUUGUCCUGAUGGGGCCUCCUGGUGCUGGAAAAACAACAGUCGGCAGAAUAUUAGGUGACAAACUCAGCUGUUGUGUCAUCGAUGUGAAUGGUGAUGUCCUUGAGAAAACCUGGAAUAUGAGCGUGUCUGAAAAAUUGCGGGAUGUUGGUAAUGAGCGAUUUUUAGAAGAGGAAGGAAAAGCAGUGUUAAACUUGUCUGCAUCUGGAAGUGUGAUUUCCCUCAGCGGGUCCAAUCCCAUGCAUGAUGCUAGUAUGUGGCAUCUGAAGAAAAAUGGAAUUGUUGUGUACCUGGAUGUGCCUCUAACAGAUAUAAUUAGUCGUCUGAAAUCAAUGAGAAUUGAUAGGAUUGUGGGCCAGAACACUGGAGCAUCUCUGAGAGACUUGUUGAAGCAUGGAAGACUGUACUAUAAGAAGUGGUACGAUGCCCGAGUCUUUUGUGAGAGUGGAUCUUCAGCCGAGGAGGUUGCGGACAAAGUGCUUGAUGUGGUUAAAAGAUACCAAGACGUGAAUUCAGAGACCUUCAUUUCAACAAGGCAUGUUUGUCUUAAAGACCAUGACAAGAAGUUCCCACCAAAAUACUUCAGUGAAGCUGUAGUUGAGGGAUUGGCUUCUGAUGGUGGUCUCUUUGUUCCUGAGAAGGAGUUUCCAAAGCUGAGCCGCGGGGAGUGGAAUAACCUGAUAGGAGCAACCUAUAUAGAAAGAGCACAGGUACUCUUGGAAAGGUGCAUUCACCCUGCGGACAUACCUGCUGCCAAGUUAGGAGAAAUGAUUGAAACUGCUUAUGGGGAAAACUUUGCCUGCUCCAAAGUUGCCCCUGUCCGGCACCUUUCUGGCAAUCAGUUCAUCCUGGAGUUGUUCUAUGGCCCAACAGGGUCCUUUAAAGAUUUGUCUUUACAGCUUAUGCCUCAUAUUUUUGCCUACUGUAUCCCACCAGGUUGCAAUUAUGUGAUACUUGUAGCUACUUCAGGAGACACUGGAAGUGCAGUCUUAAAUGGGUUUAGCCAUCUUAAUAGAAAUGAUAAGGAAAGAAUAGCUGUGGUCACAUUUUUUCCAGAGAAUGGAGUUAGUGAUUUCCAGAAAGCAGAGAUAGUUGGCAAUCAGAGAGAAAAUGGAUGGGCAGUAGGUGUCAGGUCAGAUUUUGAUUUUUGCCAGACAGCUAUAAGAAAAAUAUUUAAUGAUUCCGAUUUUACUGGCUUCCUGACUGUGGAAUACGGAGCAAUCUUAAGUUCAGCUAAUUCUAUUAAUUGGGCUCGACUACUUCCACAGGUAGUUUAUCAUGCCUCUGCAUACCUUGAGCUUGUUAGCCAAGGGUUUAUUUCUUUUGGAAGCCCAGUAGAUGUCUGUAUUCCCACAGGAAAUUUUGGAAACAUAUUAGCUGCAGUGUAUGCCAAGAUGAUGGGGAUUCCUAUUCGAAAAUUUAUCUGUGCCUCUAAUCAGAACCACGUUUUGACUGAUUUCAUAAAAACUGGGCACUAUGAUCUAAGGAAUAGGAAAUUAGCACAGACCUUUUCACCAUCAAUAGAUAUUCUCAAGUCUUCAAACCUGGAGCGACAUUUAUACUUGAUGACUAACAAAGACGGACAGUUAAUGGUGAAUUUAUACAAUCAGUUAGAGAGUCAGCUUCACUUCCAGAUUGAGAAGAUGCUAGUGGAGAAGCUGCAGCAGGAUUUUGUUGCUGACUGGUGUUCUGAGGGAGAAUGCCUAGCAGCCAUCAGCACCACCUACAACGCAUCGGGCUAUAUUUUGGAUCCACACACUGCUGUUGCAAAAGUGGUUGCAGACAAGAUGCAAGACAAAAGCUGUCCAGUGCUGAUUGCAGCCACAGCUCACUACUCCAAGUUUGCCCCUGCCAUCAUGCAGGCACUGAGGAUUAAAGAGCUCAACCAGACCUCAUCAAGCCAGCUUUACUUACUGAGCUCGUACAAUGCCUUACCACCUCCUCAUGAGGCUCUAUUAGAGAGAAUGAAGCAGAAGGAGAAGAUGGAUUACCAGGUUUGUGUAGCUGACGUGGAUGUCCUGAAGAGUCAUGUAGAAAAACUCAUCCAAAAUUGGUUCGUAAGGAAGUCUGAGUAGGGUUUUUUUUUUUUUCUUGGUAAGGAGCAAUAAUAAAUCUCAAAAGUCGAUUUGGAUGACCUACCAUAGCAUUUUGUUUUGUGUAAAUGUUUUAUGUGUGCAUCUGAUCUCUGGAGCUGAGUAUUACACCUGCUGUGUACCUCCACAGGUCCUCCAGAAGAGACAGAAGCCAGCAUAGUACCUGGAACCCUGGGCUAUCAUGCUUUAUUCUCUGCUCGUGUUGGGUAUGGCAGUUUCGCCUUCAUUCCCACUUCUGAGUGGAACAAAAUAUCUGGUAUUUAGCAUGGCAUUUAAAAAUACUUAAACACAGUUAGAUACUGAAUCUAUAGCCAUUUAGUGUUUAUUGAACAUUUUGCUGCUUGAGGUAUUUAGCUAACAUAGAGGAAAUAGUAAGCUCACUAGGAUUAGAGUCAUCGUUUUCAACCCCGUUCAAAUUCCAGUUUGGACAAUAGUUGCUGACAUGUACCAUACACUAUCCAGUUAGAGAGUUGGUGGACUGCUCUUUGAAUGUCUGUAGUUAGUGCUGGUAAAGUUUGAAAAUCAGGCCAACAUGUGACUCUAGGAUGUAGCAGUUGACAGACCUGUGGAGUAGUGGAUUUGGAAACAAAGUCACCUACUUCAGGAAGAUGAUCCAAGAUUAGUAAUGUUUAAGCUGCUUUAAUAAAAGUUCAGUUACAGACAGCA